GGGAGCUGGACGUGCUCAGACAGAGCUCUGUGCUGAGGAAGCUGCAGCCAGGGGGCACUGGGUUACCAUUACAUCUAUUUAUAAUAAUAAUAUUAUUGUAUGAGGACCUUUCAUCAUUUGCAGCAUAAUCUGACACCACUGUGCAUCUCUUUAGAGAUUUUUGGAACUUUUAUUUAUUAUAGAGCCUACAGCAAAGGUUUAUUUUGACAUGUAUAAUUUUAUUUCCUGCACACAUGUGCAGUGCAAGGACUUGAUGCCAAGACCCAUCUCUCUUGAGUUGUGCUUUUUGCUUUCUUGAGGAGUUAAAGCUUGACACUUGUACAGAUGAAGCCCAUCAUGGAGAAAUAUCAAUUAGAUGUUUUGAUCCUGACUUUAAGUUCUUUGAUACAAUCUUGAGAAGUAUUUUUCUGCUUGGGAAUAUAUUGGGGUGACCCCUUACACCCCUUAUAAAUUGGGACUAUCAAAAACCAAGGGGAGAUAUGUUGAGAGAGGAGUGCAAAGCUUUAUUGGAUGCUUUUAAUAAAGUGACAGCAUGCUACAGACAUCUGGUGCUCACUGUAGGUGGUACCUCAGACACCCAAAACCUUCGGGAGGAGCUGAAGAAGACCAGACAGAAAGCCCAAGAGUUAGCAGUGGCCAACAGAAACAAACUUACCAGCACUCUUAAGGACAGAAGCCUGAGUAAGGAAGACAAAGCAGAGUUUGAGCGGCUAUGGGUUAUAUUCUCAACCUGUAUGGACCUCUUAGAGACCGAUAUGAGGAGAGCUCUGGAACUGGGACAUGAAUUCCCCUUGAACAUUCCUAAAAAGCACCUUAUACAGACUGGCAUGAGUGGGGGUACCUCUGGGGUGGCAGCCCGGGCUAUGAGUGUACAAAACAUGAAAUAUGAUGCGGAGCACAAUAUAGAUGUGAUUGAUCUUAAGGAUUUGGAAAAUGAAAUUAACCAGGUGGACGAAAUGAUGUAUGAGAUGGAGAUGAAGGUCAGCGUUCCUCAGUGGACAGUAGAGGCCAAGCAGAACCCUGGGGCUGAACUUAAAUCCACCGUGAGUGCUGGGGCCUCUUCGCCUGGCGUGACCUCUGUAGAAGAACAUAAAGUUAUCUGUGACCUCAGCAAACUUUUAGCUGUGGUGGUUUUUAGCGCCGUCCUCAUUAUUGCAAUUGUUUUGGCCGUUUGUGUUGUGAAACUCUCCUGAGUCCCGAAGAAAAAAACGGCAAUAAUCUAUUAACGCGUCCAAUCCACGACAAUGAUUAGAGAAUUUGGGGACCUGGUACCUAGCAUGCUUUUGAGGCUGGCAGGUGAACUAGUAUUUUGGUAAAAACACGUCUGUGUAGUAUUGCUAUUAAAGUGAAAGCUUUUUGGAAAACCAACUUAUUCCACUAUGUUCCCUCACCCCACUCUGACCCAGUCUUAGCACAUUGGCUAACAGUAGCAUAUAGCAUGUAACUAUUUGGUAUGGAUCUCAUGGAAUUUUUGUAUCGCAUUAAUGUAAAUAUGCACCGGUGAGGCAUCGUCUUGGUGUUGGGUUUCUGAUGUGACAAUACUCCGUAUGGUGUUGAUCGAACUAUAGGAAAGGCACGAUUGUAAUAUUAUAACCACAAAAUGCUUCCAGGAAGUUGUUUUUGAAGAGGACCCUUCUGACAAUUGUUUCGCAUAAUAUCUCGUUACCAAAUGCCAUCAUUCCAUUUGCACUGAACCACUUUUUCCUUAAAACACCAAGUAUUGACCUGCUCGUUUCCUUGAUAAUUGCACUGAACGCCCUUGCGGUUUAAGCAAGGGUUAACGAAACACAAAACGUAAGCACAACUUGAGUUUGCAUUUUGGUAGCACGAUCGACAGAAGCAAUUGUUUAGGGAGGAGGAGGGCUUAUUCACUAAAGAACAAAUUGUAGUAAUUUUAAAAACGGAAUUGCAAUAUGUAGGCUACAAUCGCUGAUUUUGUUGUAUUCGCGGCUCAUCUUUUUUAGCCUACGUUUUGCAAAUCCUGUUUACAAUUUGCAAUUUAUUGAAUAAACCACUUAGUAUUAGAUCUUGUCUUCCUAUGGUGGUGUAAAAGCACUCUUACAAUCAAUACUUUGUCUGUCUGUACAGUUCUCCACUUUUCUGCGUGUAUAUAUACACUAUCUGUCAGGACAGGGUUUAUGGCAUCCUAAGUAUCCAUGCUCCGUAUCUGAGUGUUUCACAAUAUUCAUAGGAGACUUGGGCACAAAUUGUUAUAUAACCAUGAGAUGGCUGCGUCAGCAUUGUGCAGAUUUUUGGCAGGGAGCUUGUUCGAAGUCAAACCACUUACAAGGAGAUCAGUGUCCCUAUAUAGCACAAAACGAUUGGUUUCGUAUCUGUUCUCUUCAUAGUAUUUCCUGUAUAAAAUGCACUAAUGGCUAUAUGCUUGCUACUGGGCUUUAAAAUAUACUCAUAAAAUAUAUUAAUCAAUAGAAGAGGCUGAGGCACUUUGCAACAGUUUGAUUCCCAUGUCAGUAGUCUGCAAUAUCUGGUUUAUUUAAUCACAUCGCCAGAAAUUAAACAAAAAUCUGACUUUUUUUACAGGUAUUGGGCUAGCAUUAAUUUGGCAUGUUUUCACUUAUAGUGAUCAUUAGCAUAUUUACGAUAUGGGUCUUAGUGAAACCAACAAAAAAAAAAAGCUGUUAAUUGUGGGGUGGUUUACUAUAUGGACCUGAUUUUAACAUUUUGAUUGUUACAGGACUGGUCUUCUGGAAAGACAUAAACAGGGUAUUUUAUGCAUAUUAACUAUUUUGUUUUCCCAUGAUUCCAUUCGGCAUUGAACAUGCGCUAGUAUCAGGUAGCCAAUAUGACUAUUUUGAUUUCCUGGCUGUGGAUUUUCCCAGGUUAAGUCCCCAUUAUUGUCCGUGCUAGCAAAAACGUGCAGUUUGAAAUACGAUUCCACAAUAUGAAUCUCCAGAGCGUCGUGAUUAUCGCUAUAACAGAAAUGACACUACUGUCUUUCUGGUUACUGCAAUAAAGGCAGCUGUUUAACUGCAGAAGUGCCUCCUCCAUGCUUUGCCACAACGAUAUCAAGAGAGGAAUCAUGGGAAGGCUUAGGUGAUAAUAAAAUCAAUGUAUCAAAUUACUCCGUCCCCAGUUUAUUUGCUGAGUGAAAUAUUCAAAAUGGCAGCACUCACUGUCUACUAUUCACUAGCCAUGCCAGUGAUAUACAUUUCAUUUUUAUAUACUGUUGCUUGAAAAUUAAAACAAUAAUAAUAAUAAUUUUUACUGGAAUUAACACACUCUGUGAAAGCUUAGGUAACCAUGUAUAGGUGUCCCUUUAAUUGUCCAAAUUUACUAAGAAACUGCAUGUUUAUGAUUAGGUGUAUUACAAAACCUCACUAUCUGCCACCGUAUUUGACACGUUUGAUUAGGUUCAGCAUUGAGAUUUCUAAUCAUUUAACGAUCCAGUUUUCCUUGGAGAUGAAGUCAAACAAUAUAAAUCUUUCUUACACACCGAGCUUCUGGCGCACAGAUAUUUAUGAUCUGAUUAUUUUAUAUAAUGGACCUUUUUUUCCCACUAAAACAGGGAUUGAAAAGAACUGCAAAUUUUAGACCAAAAUAACUGAGCUGAUAUAAUAGCAGAAUUGAAGAAUUGUAUAGGCCUAACAUUUUCAACUGUCAAGUAUCCACAAGUCUGGAUUUUGUGAAUAAUAGGAAAACAUUUGUUAUAUAUAUAUUUAUUUUUGUAAUUUUUUUUUUUGUAAUUUUCUUUUUUAAUGUAAUUUAUAAGUCACUUCUGCUUGCGUGUCAUACCUCCCAACAUUUCACAUGGACAAAGAGGGACACUUUAAUUCUAGGGGUGUGAGUAAGGACAUGACCAAGGGCGGGGCUCUUCUGAGAUAUCUUAGGUGACUUACAAAGAACAAUUUUUGCAACUAAAAUGGAAUUUAGAACAUUAGAACAAGAACAAUGCAUCUUAUUCACACAAACUGAUUUCUAAACACAUUUAUUGUAGUUUAAAGACACUUUACUGGGAGUAUUAUUGCUGUGGAGCUCUGUUACUGAGACACACCAACAAUAUGGAGCUCCUAGAAAAGAGGGACAUUAGGAUAGAAAAGAGGGACUGAGGGAUUGGGUCCUAAAAUAGGGACUGUGCCUCUGAAAUAGGGAGACUUAGGAGGUAUAUAUCAAUAUAAGGAGUUACAUUAUCCAGUGUAUAAUGCCUGCCUGCAUUUAUUUUUAGCAUUUUUAUUUGAGGUUUCCUAUUUUAUUAUGUUUAUCUCACAUUAAAACUCUAAAAUACAACCCCUUCCCUCCCCUUCCUUGUUUAGCUCAGUACAUUUUGGAAGGCCAGUUACCGUAUUUAAGCAGGACUGUCAAAUGUUCCUAUACAACUACGCACACCAUUAUUUUUUAUUUAACGGGAUAUUAUAAGCACCAUAAACUGUUUAUCUUAUAGUUAUAACACAGAUUUUUUUUCCACUCUGUUUUUAAGCAGAUUCCCCAGCACCCAUUGCUAGCCCCGUCAGCUUGUGAUGACAUGCAGCCUGUGAUGUCAGUUUUAGCUUCCUCUUUGUAUCCCAGAUCGUUUGUACAGAUAAGCAGGACUUGGGUGUACUCCCUCACGGUCUCCCUUAUGUUUACACUAAAUAACAAAGAAAGUGAUAAUAUAUAUAACCUACAGAAUUAAUUUCAAGCGACAAUGUUGCAAAAUAUGUAGCGCUUGACAUGCAAAUCGAGGGGGAAAUAAUCUUACUCUCCAACAUUUGUAUUAUUUAUUCAUUUCUGAUUCAGCUAUUGCAAAUCAUUCAUCAACUUGCCACAGUUUGUUUAAAGGACUCCAAUAUCCCAAUGAAGUGGUUUGGGUGCAGUUAUCCUGUCCUUUUAACCCUGCAAUGUAAAAUAUUGCUGUAUUGUUUACAUUGUAGGGUUAAACACACCUCUAGUGACAGUCUUCCGUUCCACUGACCAAGUGAAACAUGAUCAUGUGAUGUCACAGCUCACAGGAAAGCACUGAAUUCAGUGUUUUUCUAAGAGAAGCAUUGGAUGCUCACGUGGUACACACCGCGCAUGUACUUUAGGUCCCCAAUGCUCCUCUAUGUGGAACAUUGCAUUGUACUAUCACAGGGGAAAGCAGUGUCUUCUCAACUACGUGGUGAGAGGCAUGGGGGCAAGCAGUGCUGGAAAAAGGCAAGCAAAAAGCUUUAUAUAAUAUAUAUAUUUUGGGCAAAUUAAAGGGGAAUAUAACUAUGGACUGGGGCACUAUAGCGUUAGCGAUACAGGUUUGUAUUCCUAAUUAUAAUGUUGUUUUACAAAGACUACCAAUGAUCACAACCCGGCAGCGCUCCUGCUGUUAGUGUUACUAGCCAUUCUUGACUUGUAGUGUCAAUUGUUGUAGGCCGUUGGAGAAUUAUGAGAGUUGUACUCCAGCAUGAAGUUCACUCUUUGACACCCCUGGUUUUACUGGUUACAAGAGAGUAAAAACAUGAGUUAAAUAGCAUUUGUUUCUGGAUUGUGGUAUGUUGUCUGCUCAUGAUCUGUAAUGUGUUUGAGCUUGGUUUAACCUACAUGUGAGUUUUGUUGUCUGUAGUUUUCUGUGUGCCUGUCAUUAAUAAACAUUUUUAAUCACAAUGCACACAACUUUUAGAAAAGAUACGUUCUUGAAAUUUUACAUGUACGGUACAUUUUCUUACCAUCAUGGCUGGCAGAUGUAUAGAUUUUGUAAUAAAUUUAAUAUGUAGCUAUGUCCCUCCUCCACCUGUCAAUCAAAUCUUGGCAUAGAGUUGACAUUGAUCUCAACGCUUGAGUGACACGUAAUAGUAGGAUAAUCUGUGGUUCUCCAGCACAGCAAAUAACGCACAUGCUCCUUAGUUGCUGCGAUACUCCUCUAGCAAGCACAUCUCCCGCUUGCUACAGUAAUAUACGCAUGAAGUGACAGAUGUCCCUCUGCUUUGAUGCUUAUGCACAGACAGCGUGUUGCUGUCAUUGGGGAGGAUUCCACUGCUUUGGGACGUGUUUCCCGCAGAGCCGGUUUCUCUGAAGGGGGUGAGCUGUACACAGGAGCAGAGAGUAGAUGGUACGUUCGAAUGGAACAAUGCUGGAGAGACAAAACUACACUGUUUGUAAUUCCUGUAUUCCUAAAACCGGUCAAUCACACAGCUAAUAGCAGCUUUAGACUAAAAUAGAUUCACUAAUUUAAUUUAUUUUACGUCUGUUGUCGGCAUACAAAGCAUGCUGGUUCCAGAUGCUGGGUCUGCGCUCAAUGCUUCUCACGGAGAAAAUAAAUUGAAAUGUUUACAUUGCAGGGUUAAAUCCAGCCCCAGAGGCACUUUCACUGCACCGACAGAUUGUCACAUGACCGGUAAACCCAAAGAAAAGCAUUAUGGGGAAUUGAAAGUGAAUUUCUAAUUUAAGGCAAAAGAUUUGAGAAUUGAAAUUCAUUUAAUUGUACAGCGCUACGGAACUUGAUGGCGCUUUAUAAAUAAUAAUAAUAAUUUGAAUUCCUGACCAUGACCAUUUUAGCGAAUAACAGUUGGCAGGGCUGUUGGUUCACUACACCUACACAGCACCUUUUUGGGGGUGUUUGCGUCUUCAGUAACCUGCAUUAAGUAACUGUUGGCCCCUCUUGCGUACCUACCAACACUUGGAGAUGUGUGUUGUGUUAGAGGCUGCAGGAGCUGUGCUGAGUGCGCAUGCACACAGCUUUACUCCCUGCUAGGGAACUAGUAGCUUUCCAUUAUCACUGCAAUAUACUGUCAAUAUGGUGCUUGGGUGUGCCUUUAAAAUUGAAUAAUGGCUUUUUAAGAUCAUUGUAAAAUUGAAAACUAAUUUGCCAAGCCAAUGUCAAGUUUGUAAUGUGGCCAUCAGUCAUUCCCACUGCAUUAAUGCAACACAAUCUGACAUCAAGGAUUAGGGUGGAUGACAGUGCAACUAAUUCAUGUAUUUUCUUAUUGCGGUCAUCGGUAAUAAUUUAUAUAAAUUUAUGAGAGGCAAAAACGAAUGACUCACUGAUCAGAUUUUUCUUGAUCUUUGUGGAAAAUGCAUCUUAUGUUAUUUAUUAUAAAUGAUGUAACUUUUCCUGCUUAAUUAUUAAAUCACACAUUUUUAAACCAAUCUCCUGUAAAUCAUCACAAACUGAACUAAUAAUCGUGUCUCCUUUAUGGAUUAUGUUCUAAAGUGAUUUUCUUGCGUUAGAGGGAGGUUAAGUAGUAAGUAAUGCAAUAAACAGAGCUGUGCGGUGAUUGUGCAAUCAGAUGUAAUGACUGUAGAGGUUUAUUCUCUGAAUAGUGAUCAGGGAUGUGCUUUUAGACCCCGAGAUGACCUGUGAACAUCAAAUAUGAUUUUGUUACUCCAAGUAAGCUCAUUCCGAGCCUGAACACAGUAUCCUGAGACAUUCAAAAUUUGCAUCAGGUGCCAGAGCAGCCAUGCAUUUAUGUAUGUACACCUUCAUUAAAUGUGAAUUGUACUGAAUACAAAAGGAAAUUAUCUGGAUCAACUACUUUGGCCUGAAAUUGGCCAUUCCCUGGUUAAUCCCUGUCAUUUCCCUAACCUGGUCUGGUUAUAUAGCAUAAGAUGUAUAGCCAAUAGCAUGCUUUGUAUUUUGGCAAGUGCCAUGUUUAAACCACUAUGGAAUGGGAAUUCCUGCUUGUAGAGAAUAGGUUUUUAUUUUGCAUCUCCUUGAUAAGCCUGUGCCAUUUUGUUUAUUUUUUUUAAUCAGAUGCAGAUAGCUAUUAUGUUUUUAAAUAAUCAAAAAUGUAGGUGGGGAUAAUGUGGUUUUUUUUUUUUUUUUUUUUAAGUCUAAAUAUCUGAUUCACCUUUGGGAACAAAAAAAUGCAUGUGUAGUGAAUGGAUGGCUUUAUUUUGUUGGAGCAAUCGCUGAAAGUUAUGGCAAGUGCAGGACUAGCCAACAGAAACACCCCAUGUAUUGGAGAACUAUAAUUCCCACCAUGCUUUGCAUGCCUUAAAGGGAAUCAGUGGGGUAAAAAUGGUCCUCUAUUUAAUGCAUCCCUGUCCAGCAGGGGUUUAUGGGUAAAGUAGUCUAUUCCCCAGCAAUAUUUCCAGUUGCCACAUAAGAGUCUAACAACUGCUUUCUAAACUGAUCACACCCAUACUGUAAUUGCUGUCGAUAUUGAUCCGUCUGCAUGACACCUCUAAGAGGCUGUUAUAUUUUCUGCAAUAUUUGUAAAUCUCUGCCGUUGUAAGCCUCUGUCUGACGUGCGAGUGGGUGCAGGAUACUCGGAACCAAGACCUUUACAACAAUCUAUAGCUGUUAUGGGGCUUAUAGUGACCCUUUUCGGCUGGUAAAGCAUCAUGGGAGCUGUAGUCCUAGAUCCUUUAUCUAAUUUUAAGGUACUUUGCUGUCACUAACAAACCUUUUAUGAGUGUCAUACUUCAUGCAAACUGCAAGUAUGUGUCACUUUAACUGCCUUAUGUAUAGUUUGCAUCUUGAUGAUUUUUUUUUAUUUAGUGAUUUUUUAUUUUUAUUUUUUUUUAUGUAUCUGUCAGCGAGGUUUUUCACAAAUACUCUGUGUAAUGUUUUUUUGUGUGCCUGUCUUUCAUAUCUAGCCGGUACCUCUGUGAAUAAAACCACGCUGCCUGUAAAAAAUAAUAUAAAAUAAAACUAUUCAACACCGUGUCUCUGUAAAUGGUUUUUAUUUUUCUCAAUUUGCAUGCUUUCACAAGAUGUUUAUAUUAAACUGCUCACACAGAUAACACGAUGUAAAAUCUUUAGUUUCCAGGAAUCUGCC